CUCUUUUUUAUCCGAUGGAUUCAUUAGUGGUUUCACUUCGCAACAAUCAAGUGAUUUACGCGAUGCGUAAGUCUCCGUGCUUUCAACGAUUCCUGGUGAUGCCCAGAAAGCCAAGCCGUCGAGGACUUUGCUUUGUGCUCCUUGGGUUGGCGGCGUUUGCGCUUUGGAUACCGUGGCUUAACACUUCAACAAACAAUCUCUUUCAGCUGGAAAAAGAGCCCAAGUUACCUGUAAACAACACUCUGCAUCCCGACACACCUGUGACGAGCGUUUUGCAUCCAGACACACCUGAACAAGCUCCACUAAACCAACUCGUCUCUUUCUCCAUCAAGACAACAAGCCAACCUCUACGCGAAUAUGAGGAAACAUUCCCCCAGCAUGGCAAGAGCGAACCGGGCCAGCAUUACCGAAUCGAAAACACCGAGAUGCUAACGAAGCAUGGGGACAGAGACAAAGACUCAGUUUUGAUCAUGUGUGUGUUCAACGACGCUGAGUCAUGGGGACGGGGGCGCUCUAUGAAGGACUUCUUUAAGCUCAUCGGGUCCUUCGAUUACCCGAAAGCAAAAGUUUCGAUCGCGUUGCUCACUUCAUCGAUGACCGAGUUCGCAAAGGCGAAAGUGCUCUUCGGUUCCUACAUCGCGCAAUAUCCGAGGUUAUCCGUCAUCUUCCGCAACGACUUCUCCCCAGGAGGAUUAACUCGCGCAAAUCGUCACGAUCACUCGCUUCAGGCCAGUCGACGACGUAUGCUCGCUCGAUAUCGUAACUACGCACUGCUUUCAACGAUGGAGUCAUGGCACCAGCACGUUGUGUGGGUGGAUGCUGACAUCACCGCCAUCCCAUCAGGAUUGGUGCUUAAAAUGGUGCAGUCUGGCCGCGACAUCCUGGAGCCCAUGUGUGUGCGGAAUAUCAGAGGGAAAUGGUUCAACUACGAUUCUAACGCAUGGGUGGGCCAGCGGAAAGUGAGGUCGGCUAACGACAAGGACUUCGUACCGGGUCCACUGAACGCCCGAUCCUUUCACAACCUCCCUGACAGAUCCAAGCCUUUUGUGCCGCUAGACUCGGUAGGAGGAACGAUGUUGUACGUGCGUGCAGAUAUACACCGGCAAGGGGUGAUGUUUCCUGUUCACUACAUCAUCGGUAGUGAGUGGGGUCGGGAAGGUUAUGAUGGUAUUGAAACGGAAGGCUUAUGCUACAGCGCGCAUUUCCUGGGCUACAAGUGUUGGGGCAUGCCUCAAGAUGCCAUUGAACAUGUCUUGUAAUCGAGCUGCAUCUUGUAUUAAUAGCGAGAAACACGUUUGGGCGACACAUAUACUUUUCAACUUCUAAGUGGCAAAAUACUAGGUCACUAUGUCAAGGGAGCCAUUUUCCAGAAGACUUCACAUUCAUAAAAAAGUUUUUUUUUUGUGGAUGAUCUGGCAAAGUGAAGAAUAGAGUUGUAUUUGUUUUCUGUUAGUUUAUCAAAACUUUUUUUUUUUAACUCUAAGCAAC